GCGGUGCAGUUGCCUUUGCUUAUAUAAGCUAAAUUUAAUAGGUAACUAGGUUAACUUUCCACCACAGCACAGUACCUAUUGGAACACUGCAAAGCGACGCACUUAUGACUGCUUCUUCUGCCUAUAUUGAACAGUACAGAGUUAACAUCCAAUUAUACUGUACAGCUUACGAUACGAGAGUGCACUCGGACACUUGAUCGGUGCUAAACAUUCAAUUAUGUUAGGUCUUGGAGCGUACGACAGCAGCAGCGAGGAUGAAGUGGAGAGAGAAGCCUCCACACCAACGAAGCAUGAGAAUAAGAGACAGCCAGUUGAACUCUCGACAUCAGCAAGUGAGACCCUACCAAUAUCUAACAAUGCACCAAACCGGCCAGAAACGGCUUCGAACCGAGAACUUAGCAGUCCUAUCGUUGGGCCGUCGCAUAAAGAAGCACAGCCAGAGUCGCACUUCCCCAACGAGCAAUUUCCCUUGUCCACUUCUCGUACAUUAGUUCAUGACUUAACACUACCACCGGUGCCGAAUUUAGAUAUUCCCUCAUCACCACCUGGUUCACCUGAUGCCAAGGCAAAUGCGAAAUUUGCCCAUUUUCUAUCUUUGAAGAAACAAGAUGUUCACUUCAACGAGAAGUUAGCUCUCUCAACAUCGCUCAAGAAUCCUAGCCUACUUAGAAAACUGAUGGAACAUGCGGGCAUCGACGAUCAGGUGCAAUACUCUACCUCUUUACCGCUUGAAGUAUGGGACGUGUCAAGUCUACCAGAAUGGGGAUUCAAAGAGGAACUAUUGAAGGCACAGAAGGCGGUUCACCAAAAAGCUGAAGAACAGCGGAUUACAGCCCAGAGAGACACGAUUCACUUCGUCGCUGCCACACCUACCGAUUCAGAUGGUGUGAGGUCUGCCCCCGGUUCACGAAUAAGGCCAAGGUGACUCUUCGUGGACAUGAUCGAAACCUCCACGUAUUUAGGAAUUUUUGGAAAGGGAAGGCUAUUCCCGGAGCCUAGGGAGUCAAUAAUUAACGCUAGAGAAAUUCCUCGGACGGCCGAUGUAGAUGUGCUAUGUGCAAAGGAGCACGAGCGCCUCUGAAGGGCAAUACUGCUCCCGACAGCCCAUGUUGAUCUGUAGGAUUACCUCAAGUCACGGUCCACAUCUAGUAUAUCUAUAGUCUGACAAGGCUUCUGCGUCUAAUCUUCGCUCUACUUAUUUAAAAUGAAAAUAUCGCACGACAAGGGCCUUUUGGAGGGUUUAUAGUAAAAAACUGUGAA